GACUGCACCGCCCGCCCUGCCGGACCCGCCCCGACCGGGGCUCGCAGCAGUCAGCAGCCACAGCACCGCGACCUCGGGUCCCGCGCUGGAUAUGGCUGUGCCCCGGGGCUGAACGCGCAGGCUGUGUGACCGAGAUUCCCGACAGAGAGACUGAGGGGAAGAAAGGAAGGAGGGGCGGGCUCCUGGCAAGGCAUUCGCUCCUGAACUGAAUCCUGCAAAGAUGGAGAAGGAGGAAGAGACUACCCGGGAGCUGCUGCUGCCCAACUGGCAGGGCAGCGGCUCCCAUGGGCUCACCAUUGCCCAGAGGGAUGACGGUGUCUUUGUGCAGGAGGUGAUGCAGAACUCCCCUGCGGCCCGCACUGGGGUGGUCAAGGAGGGGGACCAGAUUGUGGGUGCCACCAUCUAUUUUGACAACCUGCAGUCAGGCGAGGUGACCCAGUUGCUGAACACCAUGGGGCAUCACACUGUCGGCCUGAAGCUACACCGCAAGGGGGAUCGUUCCCCUGAGCCUGGUCAGACCUGGACCCAUGAAGUCUUCAGCUCCCGCAGCUCAGAGGUGGUUCUGAGCACACCACAGUCAUCAACCCCGGGAUGCAAAGACCAGAAUAAAUCCAAGGAAGCCACCAGCCAAGCAGGGGCAGUUUCAAAUGCAGGGCUGUAGCCAUGGCCAGGAAGAAAACCGCCCCCUCUGAAGGUUGUUUUUGUGGCUGUUCUUUGGAGCAUUGUUCUAAAAAUGGGAAAUUGCAUAUUGCGGUGCCAGAGGAAACAAACACCUGCAGCUAAAGGGCUACCUUCCAUGAGGUGGCUUUUCAGAGCACGCAUGAUUAUAGCCCCAGCCUCCUCGGUUGGAGGCUGAGCAGAGACUCUAUCGGUGCCCAUCUUUCUUUUCUUUUCUCUUUUCUUUCUUUCUUUCUUUCUCUCUCUCUUUCUUUC